AAAGGACCUAAUUCCUCAUCUGCAACCAUAGUGAAGCGAGGACCCUCGAAUCACUGACUGACAUGAAAAUAAAAAGUGCUACCCCGGACCUGCAAGGCCUUUAUAAGCGCCUCCAGAGCUCCCACCCUCUACUGGCCGUGACGUCACAGGUGCGGCUCCGAGACCAGCCGACGUUUGCCCAUUGCCAGGGUCAAGAGCACAAGGAGGACCAAGAAAGAAGGACCAGGGACCUUUUACACCACGGCACCCAAAAGAACUCCACUGUCCAUGUCACACCUCCUCGCCACCGGCCUGCUGUGAGCCAAACGUCCAUGGAAGUUCUGAAGGUGCAGUCCCACCUGGAGAACCCCACCAAAUACCACAUCCAGCAGGCUCAGAGGCAGCAGGUUAGGCAGUAUCUGUCCACCACCCUGGGUGGGAAAGUCGGCAGCCAGUGCCCCAGCCAGCCCCCCGAGCACGGCAUGCCGCCCGGGCCCGGCAGCAGUGCCCCCAACAGUCCCAUGGCCCUGCUGACCCUUAGCUCCAACUGUGAGAAAGAGAUGGAUGAUGUCAUUGAUGAUAUUAUUAGCUUGGAGUCGAGUUACAAUGAAGAAGUUCUCGGACUUAUGGACCCGGGACUCCAAAUGAACAACCAGCUCCCUGUGUCUGGAAACCUUCUCGACGUAUAUGGCAACCAGGGACUUCCACUGCCAGGCCUCGCCAUCAGCAACUCCUGUCCGCCCAGCAUAAAGAGGGAAUACACAGCUCCUGGCAUGAAGCAAGUACUGGACAAGCCUGACUCCUGUGGCCUGUAUGAAAACUAUCAAAGGCCAGAAGGCUUUCCAGUAGAGGCUGAAGUCCGUGCUCUUGCUAAAGAGAGACAGAAGAAAGACAACCACAACUUAAUUGAACGAAGACGAAGAUUCAACAUCAACGAUCGCAUCAAAGAACUGGGAACCUUGAUACCCAAGUCAAAUGAUCCAGACAUGCGCUGGAAUAAGGGCACCAUUCUCAAAGCCUCAGUGGACUACAUCAGGAGGCUACAACGGGAGCAGCAGAGAGCCAAGGAGCUGGAGUGCAGACAGAGGAAGCUGGAGCAUGCAAACCGCCAUCUCAUGCUUCGCAUACAGGAGUUGGAGAUGCAGGCCCGUGCUCAUGGUCUUACAGUGGUGUCCUCUUCGUCUGUCUGCACAUCAGAUUUGAUGGCCAGAGCCAUUAAACAAGAACCAAUCCUCGGUGACUGCCCCGCAGAGCUCUACCAGCACAGCUCAGCUUCUGACAUGUCCCCUCCGACCACACUGGACCUCAACAAUGGCGCCAUCACUUUCGACCACGUUUCUGCAGACUCUGGGGACCCCGGUCACUAUGGAAACAGCAGGACCUGUAAAAUAAAGGAAUUGGUAAGGGACACCCUGUCGCCAAUGUCCCCAAGUGACCCCCUGCUUUCCACAAUGUCCCCUGAUGGCUCCAACAAUGGCAGCAGCCUCCACAGUUCCAGCUCCAGUAUGGAGGAGAAGGAGCAUGGCUGUUAGCAUUUUGACAUUUUCUACCUGUAAAAUGCCAUCAA